AGAGAGAGAGAGAGAGAGAGAGAGAGAGAGAGAGAGAGAGAGAGAGAGAGAGAGAGAGAGAGAGAGAGAAUGGCCGAUGGGAGUGACAUCAGCUCGGCAAGUUGGCUGCGAUGCAAUGAAAGCAUCGGCAGAGACAGCUCCGCGACGCAAUCUCAUACCGAGUCCAUGGGAAUGGUUCUGAGCGAGGGUGAACGAUCACUUGUUACGUCGCUCUACAGAAAGUACAGGUGCCCUUCCUCCUGCGGUGAUGGAUGUUCAUCUACGAAAGGGUACACAGGUGCGGCUAUGGAAUCUCGGAUCGUCAAGCGAGAUCCAGAUCAGGAUGAUUUGCAGCGUGAGGAGGGUCAACAAAGUGCGGAUGGUACGGCGGAUGGUACGGGGGGCGGUCGAGGAGAUCGUUGUCCCUCCACUUACUCUCGGAAGCAUGCGGCGGAGGAGUUUGUAAUGUAUGGUUGCCAGGAGGAUGGUCAGCUGAAGGAUGCUCCAGACUCUGCCAACUCUGAUCAGCAUCUGAUGAAGGGCAUGGAGAAGGCUCAGCGCGUCAAGAAUGGUGGGGAUGAAGUAUCAAAGGAUGGUGUGGCGGUUGGUCCGACGAACAACGGCAGGAAUCGUGCUGCGGAUUUGGAAAAGGAUCCAAAGGAUGAUAUCACAGAUCUGCGGGACAUUCGGUCCGGGGCCAAAGUGGACCCGCCGAUAGACGUUGACGUUGAGGGUGCAUGCGGAUGCGUUCUCCACUCGUCGAGCAAUGUUCAUGCAACCUGGCGAGAUAAGCAGUCAACGUUGAGGGUUUGCGAUGCGAAUUCUGAUUUUCGCAAGGCUCCGGAGUUGAGCAUGCCUGUUGCGAAUUGUAAACAACCCACUGGCAGGAGUCGGAAGUCUGAUGCGAGUUCCAAUUGGCCAACAGAAGAGUGUGACAUAACUGUGCGCAUUUGCGGUGCCUGCAAUGGAUCUGGGAGGUGUUUUGAACGAUACUAUUACCGUCAACUUGAGGCUGAAUGCAGCCAUUGCCACGGCGAAGGCGUGGUCCGGAGAUCCUUAAGACCAAGGCCUACAAAAGCAAAUCAAUCAAAUUAUGAUGCAAAUCAAGAAAAUGAAGCUGCAAAUCAAGGCUCAAAGCCUUGUGUGUGCUUCAGCUGUAGCAAGGUGGGCGCUCAAGAUGAUAUGUUUUGUUGCAGCGACUGCAAGAUGACAGUCUACUGCGGCAAAGAAUGUCAGAAAAAGGACUGGGCCAACCACAAGCAGGUGUGCAUGACACCAGUUCCGUCCAUCCACGUCACAAGUGAGACCAUUGCAAAGCCGUUGGUGCUCUUGAGGACCAUUCAUGAUUACAAUGAUGGCGACGAGGAUGGUGAUGAUGACGCUGAUGAUGACGGCGACAAUGAUGAGGAUGAUAAUGACGAUGACGAUGAUGGCGACGAUGAUGGUGAUGAUGAUGAGCUGAAGGGAGGGAUGUCUGUUUCACAAAUGUUGGCUUGACUUCUGAAUCAUAUUAAUUUUAGCAUUUGUGUCAAAUCUCUCUCUCUCUCUCUCUCUCUCUCUCUCUCUCACCUGGUCAUUUUAGAACUCGUGUAGCAGCCUCUUCACAAAUUGAAUGAAGAGUCGUCGUCACACAGUGGGAGGCUGGCUGACAGACUCAGCACCAUCACUAGCGAUUUUUAUUUAUUUUUCGAAUAUUUUUCCUUUUUACUUUUUUUUUACCACCGUGAUUAGAGGAUGUACAUUUUUAAAAGUUGCCAUCAUAAGUUCCCAUAACAGUGAUAACGCUCAACUCCUCUCACUUUUCUCCUGGUUAUCGUCUACUUGGUGAAUAAGCUUUAAUAUAUAUGCUUUUCCAACUGUAAUUGCAUUCUCAAAAGUCUUUCCAGUUCUAAAUCAUCACAAGAGAAUUUAAGUCAACAAAUAAAAGAUGCAAGA